AUGAGUAUCACCACUUCAAAUUUCUCUCACCUUACUUUAAAGCAACUGAUCAACAAUGCCAAAACCAUUGCUCAUCUUAAACAAACCCAUGCACUCUUUUUCAAACUCCUCACUCCAAAACCACCCCAUCACCUUUUUGAUCGUCUGCUACUUCGGGUUCUUCACUUUAGUGCUGAAAAAUCCAAUCUUUACUAUGCCCACAAACUGUUUGAUACAAUGCCAAACUGCUCCAAUUGCUUUCUAUGGACUUCUCUCAUUCGUGCAUUCCUUUCCCAUCAAACCCAUUUUCGUCAUUGCAUUUCCACCUACGCAAGAAUGCAUCAAAAUGGGAUUUUUCCGUCUGAGUUCACAUUCUCAUCAGUCCUCAACGCAUGCGGGCGUGUCCCUGCGUUGGUUGAAGGGAAACAAGUGCAUGCAAGAGUGAUGCAGUCAGGGUUUAUUGGUAACAAGAUUGUGCAAACAGCACUUCUUGAUAUGUAUGUGAAAUGUGGGCGGGUGUGUGAUGCACGUGAUGUGUUUGAUGGAAUGGUUGAGAGAGAUGUUGUUGCAUGGACGGCUAUGAUUUGUGGUUAUGCCAAGGUGGGGAGGAUGGUUGAUGCAAGGUUGUUGUUUGAUAAAAUGGGGGAAAGGAAUUCUUUUACUUGGACUACUAUGGUCGCUGGGUAUGCAAACUGUGGAGACAUGAAGGCUGCCGAGGAAUUGUAUGCUGUCAUGAGUGGCAAGGACGUGGUCACAUGGGUUGCAAUGAUAGCUGGGUAUGGGAAGUUAGGAAAUGUAAUUGACGCCAAAAGAAUAUUUGAUGGGAUAUCAGUGCCAUGGGAUCCAUCAAUCUGUGCAGCAAUGUUGGCUUGUUAUGCCCAAAAUGGAUAUGCAAAGGAAGCUAUUGAGAUGUAUGAGAGAUUGAGACGAGCAAAGAUUAAAAUCACUGAGGUGGCAAUGGUGGGUGCAAUAUCAGCUUGUGCUCAACUUAGGGAUAUUAGAAUGUCUAACUCAUUAUCGUACCAUAUCGAGGAGGGUUUCUGGGGAAGGACACAUAUUGUUUCCAAUGCAUUGAUCCACAUGCACUCGAAGUGUGGAAGUAUAGACUUAGCAUGGAGGGAGUUUAGUAUGAUGAGAUACAGAGAUUUGUAUACUUACAGUGCAAUGGUUGCAGCUUUUGCGGAGCAUGGGAAAUCACAAGAUGCUAUUGAUCUUUUCUUAAAGAUGAAGCAGGAAGGUUUAAAACCAAACCAAGUUACAUUUGUUGGGGUCCUCAAUGCAUGUAGUGCUUCAGGUCUAAUUGAAGAAGGUUGUCGGUUUUUCCAGAUUAUGACUGAGGUUUAUGGUAUUGAGCCCUUACCUCAGCACUAUACUUGCAUGGUUGAUCUUCUAGGUAGGGCCGGCCAAUUGGAAAAAGCAUACAGUCUUAUAAAGGAGAACUCGGCUAGUGCUGAUGCAAUAACUUGGGGUUCUUUAUUAGCAGCUUGCCGAGUUUAUGGAAAUAUGGAAUUGGGUGAGAUUGCUGCCAGACAUCUCUUUGAGAUUGACCCUACGGAUUCUGGAAAUUAUGUUCUUCUAGCAAAUACUUAUGCAGCAAAUGAUAAAUGGGAGCCUGCAGAAGAAGUUAAGAAGUUGAUAAGUAAAAAAGGAAUGAAAAAACCAUCAGGGUAUAGUUGGAUACAGAGAGAGAUCAAAGGACAGUAUCAAGAAGAAGCACAUUGCUUGUUAGUUUCAACCAGUUAG